AUGCUGGACGGAAAACCUACCGGAUCAUUGGCAUCGAUUGUGCCAGUGGGACUUGAACACCGUCACUGGCCCGGGCUGAAUCCACUGGCAGCACAUCACCUUGACUCGGACGCUCUCACUGCCAGAUUCAAGUUCAAGUUCGGGCUCCUCCAUUCAGACUCGGACAUGAACAAUGUUCCAGCUCAGACACCUGGGCUAAGCUGGCCAACACAGUCUACUAUCACCCAAACGGAAUCGGAAUCAGUUGUCCAGCCCAACAUUGGAAGGCAUUGGAAUCGAUGUGACAUCGAUUGUCACCGAUCCGGCUGCAUGGCCUGUGGGCCCGGCUUAGGACCAGGAUUUCUCGUCCGUUCAACAGAGUCUUUUACUGUACAUGGAUCUGCUGCUCCCUUAUAUCGAAUCUCAGGUUAUACUAACGGCUGUCGGGGUCAGUCUUACUCGCGCUGCAGCGAAUGUUUAAGUUGGCCAGGGCAAGCUACUUCAGGAAUUACCACCAAUUGUGGCCCAAGUUACGCUGACUCGGAUAUUACAAUGGUCGAUGCUCAGGCCGAUUUCAAACACACCUUAGCGCUUCAAGACUACAAUAAUAGCAUCAAUGGCUCUCUGGAUUGGAAUGCGCCUCAGGACUGGGUACCUCAGCAAGAGUUUUCUAACCUCUGCGCUAGCAGGGCACCUCUAGAUGAUCAUAUUAGCCAGGAAUUGUCAGUUCACUAUACGGUCCUAAAUCAAGAGAGCCAUCAUCAGCAUCAUACAGUCAACGAUCAUAUCAUGGGCGAAGACUACUCUCGACAGGAAUCAUUGCGUUCACCCAGUACAUAUAUCGGACCACCACAGUAUAGCGAACACGGCACACUAGUCUCUGGUGAUACGCUACAGUUGCCCCCCAAGGAAUUCCUGAACAACCGACUUAUAUGCAAGCACCAAGUCACCAGAUCGAGGCCACUGCCACCCGUUCGGACGUCCAUAAAUCACCCACUCACACAAUCAUCUGGAUAUUCUCCUAGCAGCUUCGCAAUAGAUGUCCUGAAAUUUUCGGUCCCGAAAGGUGCAGCGUCUCAUGAUGCAACACAGAAGAGUUACUACCACCCAAACGAAAUAGUAUACAUAGAUCGGGCGAUUGAACUCUUGAAGGUAACAAUGGUAACAGAUAACUUUUAUCUUUUAGAGGUUUCGGGGAGAAGCCAUGCAUAUGAAAGAAUCAUUAGAGUUACGAAGGGCGCUCCAAAGGAUAAGUUGCCGUCGCACUCCAGACAGAGAAUUCUGCAGCCUUCUUGUUUACGAGUAGAUUCCGCAAAGCACUAUCGCUGGAAUACUCUUCAAGCUGGUCUCAGAUAUAUUCUCGAAUACUUUGGCCCUGCAUCCAAGCAUGAACUUAAAGCCCAGUUCGAAAUGGCUUUGAGCAUAGGCAUUCCAUAUUGGAUGUCCGACAAAAAUCGAUACUGGCACUCUCUCGUUUGGGUCUUCGUGCUCCGUUUAUGGUUUGGAGAACCUGAAAGCCUAGGACACUUACAUAGUGCUGCAUUUGGGGAGAACGGUGCAAUGAAAAUUGAACCCAUAGCUGUUGCGAUCUUCUCGCUCAAAAGGUCUAUGAGCACUUGGCUCAACAAGAAUUUCAAAGCCACACAAACUACCGAAAAAGAAAGUGAUAGAUAUAGCACGAUCAAAGCCUUUUUGAGUAGAGAUGACAUCCGGCGGGCGACUCUCCCUUAUCGGAUUGAAUUGUUAACCAUUGGCCAGGGAGUUUAUCAUCGACUAGGACAUCUAGUUGACUUUGUCAAAACCAUCACUAGCUCGGCUGUGAGGGUGUCUGAUGUUUGA